AUUAACUCGCUUAAUAAUUUAAAUACCCUUUGUGAUCUAUUUUUAAACGUACAGAGUUUUUCAACCCGAGGAUCCUUGUACUUACGUAUAUAUGAUAGAUUUCAGAGGUUACAUUGCUAAGAUCUUUAAAAAUGUAUUUCACAUGACGUACUGAUCGCUAUUACGAAAUUGGAUAAAUUGAAACUGACCUAAAUAGUAUAUUCUACCUGUUCAAACAAACAUUUUAACAGGUACAUUCAGUCUCAGAAGAUCUGUAAGCAAUUUCCAGAACUAAAUUUAAAAAACAAAGAUGUCUAGCGCAGUAACCUCACAGCCUGUCCUAGGAGGGGCCAGAUUUGCUGGAUAUUCCUCUACUGUAGGGAAAGAAAAAAGUGGGUUUAGCAGCUCUGGCGCUGCCCCUCCCAUGGGAUGUCCACCUGGACUUGAAUAUUUGGCUCAGAUGGACGAAGUUUAUCUCAAUCAGAAAGUUGAUUUGUUAGAAAUUUUGACAAACACGGCUUUAGAAGUACCAAACAGAUACAGUGUUGAGAAUGCUAGCGGACAGAGAGCUUAUUUUGCACAAGAAGAAUCUGAAUGUUGUAACAGAAUAUGUUGUGGACCAAACCGAGGAUUUCAAAUGCACAUAACAAUGAACGACGGCAAGGAAGUAAUUAAAUGUGAGAGAGAAUUUAAAUGUUGUGCAGGGUGUUGUUGGUGUGCAAAUGGUGAUCAUUGUGGAUGGGAAAUGACCGUCGAAGCUCCACCUGGCAAUCUGAUUGGAUAUAUUAGACAGAAUGGUUCAAAAUGGAAGAUGAAUCUAGCACUCUACGAUGCCAACCGUGUGAAGCUGUAUGAUAUAUGGAGUAAAUGUUGCCCAAUAUUCUGUGUUUGUUGUAUCGAUGACAUUAAUUUUUAUGUUCAUGAUGUUAAGUCAGGAAACCUAUUAAGUCCAAGAAUUUACAAGAAGUGGGCCGGAUGGGUCAGAGAAUGUUGUACCAGAGCUGAUUUGUUAGUUUGUGAAUUUCCAGGAAUGGAUGUUAAAGAAAAAGCUUUGUUUGUCUGUGCGUGCUUCAUGAUUGAUGUUAUGGUAUUUGAACCACAGAAGAAGAACAACAAAUAGACUUUAUAACCAACGAAUAAUUGAUAACUUACAAAAAACAAUUACAAUGUGUUUGCCUGCAAUGCUAUGAUCAACUACAAUGUGUUGUGUUCUUUUUUGAAAAAAUCAAAGUAUUUUUUGAUGCAUAUUCAUAAUCAAGAACAUAAAAUUAUGUUAUUUAUAAGAAGAGGACAAAAUAUGAACUUUUUGUGACGUAAUGAUCAGAAAAAUGGUAAAAAAGUCCUAAAUUUGAAACUUUUUAAAGUGUUAAUGUGCGGCCAGUCAUGGAAGAAAUCAAAAAUAAUCUCAAACUCAAUGCUUCAUACCGGAUUUCUCUCACAGAAUAAUACAAUGUCUUACUUAUGUGUGGUUCGUGGGUACCAUUUGAUCAACGAAAAUAAUGCAUUACGACAACGAUACAUACAUUGUCGUGUAAUUAGUCUAAUUAUAACCGUAUCUGUUUUUUUUUUAGUUUUAUAUAGACUUUUAUGCAUACAAGGGUUUAAGGAAAAUACUGAUUUCCAAAGUAUAUUGGAAAAAACGGAAGUACAUUAAAACUGACAAAACAAAGUGCAAUGAAUCAACGGAACAAGUGAAAAACAAUUGCCAUUUCCCCGGCUUGGUACCGGCAUUUUUCGGAAAAAAAAUGUUCAGUUAAACCUGUUUUAGAAAUGCAAGAAAUGUUACAUUAUACUUAUUAACUAUUAAGCUUUUUUUCGUGUUGUUUAUAAGUAUAAGUAGAAAAAAAUAGUGCAAGCAUAAGUUUGUGUUAUAAGGGUAAUUAUUUCUGAAACAUAGUAAUGGUUCAUAUGGUAAUUGUGAUUACCGGAAGAUUUUCUUGUUUCAUUUUCAUUCAGGGGUUUGUCAAAUACGAAAGGAAGAAAGCAAUUCAUUUUAAACUGAUAUGUUAAUUUUAACAACUUGUGUUUGAGGUUCGUGUUGUUAAUUUUAGUCCUUAAUAGCAAAAUAUAAUUUGUAGAAUAAUUUGAGAGUCUAACAAAUUCGACAAACUUGGAAUGUAUAAUAAGGAUCAACUAAAAGAUUAUUUCUUGCAUUAUAACUGAUAUUAUUGUAUGCCAUAUUGUACAUGCUAUUAUUUAUUGUGUAUUAUUAACUACAUUUAUUUGACAUGUGUAUGUGAUAAAAUAAACCAUUUUGAAAAGAAA